AAUAACACCUCCUCUUUUUCAGCACCCAAAGUGGAAGGAAAGCUCUGUGGCCUUUCAAUGGAAGAAGAAAGUGCGAGAUUUGCCCGUGUUGUAUAAUAUCUACCAUUCUCAGGGUCCAUAUUUGUUUUGGAACGAUCGAAAGCAUCUCCAGUUGACGUGAGCGACAGGAACGGGCGUCAAACAUGCGUAAAAAUCAACGCUGUCCAAGCAGGGUACCGCCGAGAAAGGAAUUAUCGCCGCUCAUCUGAGGCCAAUCUCGGUUAUUUUUUUUUGUCAAAUAAGGAAACAUAACGUAGCUAGCCAGCUAACGUUAGCACCGCAGAUAGCUAGGGCAGCGACACAUCUUCAGACCAAAGCGGGCUCCGGCAGGUGAUCAACAUUGGAUCUGCGUUCGCCCAGCGGCAGGAAAACCUAUAGGCAACAAUGGGUGCAUUCCUGGACAAGCCGAAAACAGAGAAGCACAGUGCCCACGGUGAUGGCAAUGGGCUGCAGUAUGGCCUGAGCUCCAUGCAGGGAUGGCGGGUGGAGAUGGAAGAUGCCCAUACAGCUGCGGUUGGUCUUCCACACGGACUUACUGACUGGUCCUUCUUUGCCGUCUAUGAUGGCCAUGCAGGGUCCCGGGUGGCCAACUACUGCUCUGGCCACCUGCUGGAACACAUCUUGUCUGGAGGGGCCGAAUUUGUGCCUGGAACCGGCUCUGUGGAGGGCGUGAAGGACGGCAUCCGCUCAGGCUUCCUGAACAUUGACGAGUACAUGCGCAGCUUCACUGACCUGCGGCAGGGCAUGGACCGCAGCGGAUCAACAGCUGUGUGCGUGCUGCUCAGCCCGACCCACCUCUACUUCAUUAACUGCGGCGAUUCCCGGGCCGUGCUGUGUCGAGACAGCAAGUUGGGCUUCUCCACCCAGGACCACAAGCCCUGCAACCCCCGUGAAAAGGAGCGCAUCCAGAACGCUGGCGGCUCAGUCAUGAUCCAGAGGGUGAACGGCUCCCUGGCUGUGUCCCGGGCCCUGGGGGACUAUGACUACAAAUGUGUGGAUGGUAAGGGCCCCACGGAGCAGCUGGUAAGCCCUGAGCCCGAGGUGUGUGUGUUGGAACGAGUGCCCGAAAAAGACGAGUUUGUGGUGCUGGCGUGUGAUGGAAUCUGGGACGUCAUGUCCAACGAGGAGCUGUGCGAGUUUGUCCGCUCACGACUGCUGGUGUGUGAUGACCUGGAGAAGGUCUGUAACUCUGUGGUGGACUGCUGUCUACAUAAGGGGAGCAGGGACAAUAUGAGUGUGGUGCUGGUGUGUUUACCCGGAGCUCCCAAGAUCUCAGAGGAGGCUGUGAAGAAAGAAGAGGAAUUGGAUAAAUACCUGGAGUCCCGUGUUGAGGAUCUACUGGCAGGUUGUGGGGACGCAGGAGUCCCUGACCUGGUGUCUGUCCUAAGGAGCAUUGCCACAGAGAGCAUCCCCAACCUUCCACCUGGUGGCGGCCUGGCCAGCAAACGCAGUGUGAUCGAGGCGGUGUACAACAAGCUGAACCCUCACAGAGAAGAGGAAGGCGCCUUUGCGGGGGGAGAGGAGGAGAGUGAGGAGGGAGGUGGCAAUACGGCGGCACAUCUGUUGGAGGCUCUUCGGCAGUUCCGCCUCCACCACCGGGGGCAGUACCGCGCAGUGCUGGAGGAUACCCUGGCCACCUACCAAGUGCGGGGGGAGAGCGCCGCUGAGGGAACAGGGGCCAGCAGGAGGACCUCGGACGGCGACAAUGAUGGCCAGAAGCAGCCCGCCUCACCUCCCUCUCCCCCCUCGCCCCCGCCCUCACCUGCCACUGCAGAGCCGGAGGCCAGCGAGGAUGCGCCCACCCCCGAGUUAAAUCCCUCCUCUGACUGAGCACCCCGCCUGCAAAGCAACCCACCCAGCCAUCUCUCCCUCAGACUCCAGCGCUCUAGUCAGACGUGCUAUGACCUCUCCGCUUUCCUGCAGCACAGAAUUUGAAUUUACAAAUUGGCCAUUUCUGGUUUUGUCUUCAGCUUCAGCUGCCACUCAUAUACCCGUAACAAUAUUUGAACAACUCUUUGUAAACACAAAUGGCCCCUCUGUCUGUUCAAGUUCUGUCUGCAAGCCACAUUUAUUACAUAAACCUAAUGAAGACUCUUUCGCUCCCUGAUUUUCUCUCUCCCUUUUCCUCCUGUCCACCUCGGCUUUGAUUCCCCAAAACUUACCAAGCCACUUUUACAACACACACUCAUGUUUGCAAUAGAAUCAAGGUGAAUUAUUGUGUAAAAGUGGCUUGUGAAGAAGAAAAAAAAAAAUGAACAUGGCACUCCACAGUCUACGAUUCCUGGUGUUGGCUUCUGGCUGAUUUCCUACCUGAACCCCUCCUCUCCCCCAGCCUCAUCCCCUCACACCUGCUUACAAUGGACAAAGAAAAGGAGAGGGGACACUCUGAACUGCAGCUGUGUCUCCAGGCCUACUCCAUCUACAGACUCAGAACACACUCUUUUAUGUUUAUGUGUGUGUGUAUGUAUGUAUGUGUGUGUUUGAGUGCGCCAGAGUUUGAGAGACUAAUCACUUCCACACACAUUACCUGAUUUAACGGAUGAUACUUGAGUGUUAACCCGUUUAUCAGCACAAUCACAGGGCAGUUAAACAACGAAGGAAUGCCUGGGGUGGGUGUUUACUUGUAGUUUGAGCGACAGUUGAUUUAAAUAAUUCUCUCACCACAUAUCCCAGAUUCUACAACAUCACAGUACAGUAACACUGCCUCACAAUCACACACAAAGAGGUUAAAAUCUGCUUCUUCUUGGUGCAGCACUAGAGAGGGUAAGACUGCACUGUGGUUUUUGGUACGUUCCAAAGCACAAGUGGUCAAACCUGCUUACAGUUGACAUGUUGGCAUACACACUAGCAUGCUAACAUUUAGCAUUUCACUUGAUGGCAUGCUAAAAUUCCGUUUGUAAUGUUUGUUGAGUUGGCUAACUUAUAAGGUAACAUGCAUCCUGUUAGCAUGCUAGCAGGCUAUGUUGGAAUCCAUGUCAUUAGUCUGCAGGGUUUUCUGUCAGGAGCUGAACACAGCAAGUGGAAUAUUUGAACUGAUUAUGGCACUAGAUGGGUGACCGAGACCACAAUUGUUUCCUUGUACAUCUCAUGCUGCACCUUUUGACCAAAAUGUUGGACCUGGCCAACCACCAUCACAUCCCUAAGGUCACGCUGCCACUGUAGCGGGGCUGACCAUAUCCAAUCCAGGCCUGAUACAGCACUUAUACCCUCAGUCACACCCGGAGCAAACAUCGAAUGUGUUGUACGUGGGACACUUGUGCAUCUAUAAUCAGUAAUGUUGUUAUACCUGUGUUUUAAUAAAUUUCCAACAGCUAAUGCUGCCAGAUGCUUGUAAUAAAUGUGGCUUUACGAGAGUCGCAGCUUGAUUAAAACCAUCCCCCACAUCCAGCAUAUUUUAUUCCCCACAGGUUGCUGGCUUUAUUCAGAGAGAAACAAUCUCAAACUCUUAGCUCAUUAUAGACGUUUGAUUCAAACAGGCUGCACAAGCUACAGUGUUUAUUCCUUCUCUAUGAAAGCAGGAAGAGGGAGUCUGUAUAAUGCCCUGUACCCAGCCACUCUGGUAAUGCAUGCACUGCCCUUAUCCUUAACAAUAUCUAAAGCACUUAGCUAUCAGGAAGAGAGGUUACACUAAACACUGUCUGUCUGUGUGUGUGUGCGUGUGUGUAUGAAUUGUAUUUGUAUGGGGUUUCGUGGGCCAAAUCAGUCCCACACCGUUGAUAAAAUGACAAAUGAACAAAUAAAAACGAUUUGAGGUAUCAUGCUACA